AUGCGAAGAUCCCCGAAUGUGAUCAUCACAGGCACCCCUGGUGUAGGGAAAACUGUUCAUUGCGAGAAAUUAGCGCAGGAGGUCGGCUUGCGACACCUAUCCAUAAACCAAGUCGCCAAAGAUCGAGGUUGCUUCGAAAGCUAUGACCAGGAUUUGGAGACCUGGAUCGUUGACGAGGACAAAUUAUUGGAUGCGAUUGAAGAUGAGGUGCUUCAGGGCGGCUACUUGAUUGAUUGGCAUGCAUGCGACUUGUUUCCCAAAUCAUGGAUAGAUCUCGUCGUGGUCUUGCGAUGUCCGUCGACUUCAAUUUUAUAUGACCGUCUUUCUGCGAGAAAAUACAAAGAGGCCAAAUUGCAGGAAAACUUAGAUUCUGAAAUAUUCGGCGUCUUGUCAGAAGAAGCGCGCGAAUCUUUUGACGAACAGAUAGUGGUGGAGCUCAAUAGUGAGGAGGAUGAUGAUGUAGAGAGCAACUGCGCAAGGAUUUCAGCCUGGAUAGAAUCCUGGAAAGAAAGCCGAGUGGAAAACAGAGUGUGA